AUGGCGCUAUCAGUAAUGCUGUUCGAUCGUCGGCUGGUUGCUUUGAACAGCGUUCCGCAGGAGGACGAGGAGGAGGAGGAGGAGGAGGAACGAUGUGCUUUGGCUCUCCGUGGCCGAUCCCAUCUCGGCGACAGCCACUGCCAGCUGUCUUUUCCUCACCUUCCCCCUUCACUUCUGUUCUUACCCCGACACCGCCGUUCUUUACCCUCUGCUUCGACACACACACACACACAUACACACACACCCACACACACACAUACACAUUGCAUGUGCAAAUAUUUAUUUCAUUAUGGAUGA